AUGUUACAAUGCAGUUUAAGAGAUCGAACAGAGAAAGACCAGUUACGAAUCAGCUUCAACUCUUUGAGUCAGAAGAACCUGGAGCUGGAGACAAGAGUCAAUGAUCUCACUGCAGAGAAAAGCCAGUUACAGACCAACUUCAACUCUUCAAAUCAGAAGAACCUGGAGUUAGAGACCAGAGUCAAUGAUCUUACUACUAAGAAAGGCCCGUUGGAGACCAUAAUCAAUGAUCUCACUGCUGAGAAAAGCCAGUUACAAACCAACUUCAGCUCUUCGAAUCAGAAGAACCUGGAGUUAGACAUCAGAGCCAAUGAUCUUACUACUAAGAAAGGCCAGUUGGAGACCAGAGUCAAAUAUCUCACUGCUGAGAAAAGCCAGUUACAGAGCAACCUCAAUUCUCUAAGUCAGAAGAAACUGGAGCUGGAGACCAGAGUCAAUGAUCUUACUACUAAGAAAGGCCAGUUGGAGACCAGAGUCAAAGAUCUCACUGCUGAUAAAAGCCAGUUACAAAUCAACUUCAACUCUUCGAGUCAGAGGAAACUGGAGCUGGAGACCAGAGUCAAUGAUCUCACUGCUGAGAAAAGCCAGUUACAAACCAACUUCACCUCUUCGAAUCAGAAGAACCUGGAGUUAGACACCAGAGCCAAUGAUCUUACUACUAAGAAAGGCCAGUUGGAGACCAGAGUCAAAUAUCUCACUGCUGAGAAAAGCCAGUUACAGAGCAACCUCAAUUCUCUAAGUCAGAAGAAACUGGAGCUGGAGACUAGAGUCAAAGAUCUCACUGCUGAUAAAAGCCAGUUACAAACCAACUUCAACUCUUCAUGUAAGAAGAAACUGGAGCUGGAGACCAGAGUCAAAGAUCUCACUGCUGAUAAAAGCCAGUUACAAACCAACUUCAACUUUUUGAGUCAGAGGAAACUGGAGCUGGAGACCAGAGUCAAUGAUCUCACUGCUGAGAAAAGCCAGUUACAGAGCAACCUCAAUUCUCUAAGUCAGAAGAAACUGGAGCUGGAGACCAGAGUCAAUGAUCUUACUACUAAGAAAGGCCAGUUGGAGACCAGAGUCAAAGAUCUCACUGCUGAUAAAAGCCAGUUACAAAUCAACUUUAACUCUUCGAGUCAGAGGAAACUGGAGCUGGAGACCAGAGUCAAUGAUCUCACUGCUGAGAAAAUCCAGUUAGAGAGCAACUUCAGCUCUCUGAGUCAGAAGAACCUGGAGUUAAAGAGCAGAGUCAGGUCUAUGAGUGAAGACGAGUCAAAUAAAUUUUGUUUCUUCAUGUCUACUGAGUCGAGCUGGUCUGACAGCAGACAGUACUGCAGGGAUCGUGGAGCUGAUCUGGUCAUUAUCAACACUGAAGAGAAGCAGAGGUUCAUAUCUUCAUUAAUCAAGGAAAGAGUGUGGAUUGGUUUGUCUGACACAGAGAACGAGGGCAUCAUGAAAUGGGUGGAUAAUUCAACACUGAAACAAGGGUUUUGGCUCAAAGAUCAGCCAAAUAACCAAAAUGGAAAUCAGAACUGUGUUGAACUGCAUUAUAAUAGAGGAAAGACAGGAUGGACACCGCUGAAAAGCUGGAAUGAUUUUUCAUGCUCAGAUGAGAAGAAAGGGUUUUGUGAGAAACAGGGUUCAUCCCACAUAUAAUUAUAUAUAAUACAUGAUUUCUGAUUUUAAGUUCCAGCCCUUUUAAAACACUGUCAGUUGAUUUGAAUGUUUUAGAUGGAAAAUAGGAACCUGUCAUUUUCUCAUUGCUAUAAUAAUCUUCUGUUUCUCAUGGUGUGAAUUCGGGUGAUCAGGGACACAGAACCUCUGAUGUGUUUAUGUUUGCUUCAUCAAAAGCAACUCUAUAUUAAUAUGAUCUUAGUCUAGCUGUUAUCUUGAGUCUCAUUUGUUGAUCUGACAUGUUGAGGAGACACCAAGCUAACAGAUU